AUGGAGGACACUGGCAAGUUGCUGGAUGAGGAUCUAGUGCAGGAGCAGGAAGAAGAAGCUAAUCAUCUAGAAGAAGAGCUUAUGGUAGUUCCAGAUCAUGAUGCCAUCGACCCUGAGAGUGGAAACGAUUAUAUAAAGCCCAGAUCAGCUUUUACGCCAUGGCCGCAUGUUUUCAACUUAGCAAAUUGCAUAGUUGGUGUUUCAGUAUUGGCCAUGCCGUUCGUGUUUCAACAGUGCGGUAUCCUGUUGGCUACAAUAAUGAUCGCAUUGAGCUCUGUGCUAACGAAAUACACUUGCCAUUUUCUUGCUAAAGCCGCUUCUGUAACAAGAUUGAAUCCUAAAGAAUUGUGUUUCAGUAAACACAGCUAUGAGGCUUUGGCAUUAACGGCUUUAGGACCAACUGGACGACGAAUUAUCGAACUAUGCUUAUUAUGUUUCCUUGUCUCAUCUAUCGUUGCUUUUUUGGUGGUCAUAGGACCAACUGGACGACGAAUUAUCGAACUAUGCUUAUUAUGUUUCCUUGUCUCGUCUAUCGUUGCUUUUUUGGUGAUCUUGGAAGCCCUGCCCUCUCUAUGGGAUGGAAAAUGGAGCAUACAUGUCGUAUGGUGGCGACCUGAAGGAUUUUUAACUUGCAUACCAAUAGUGUUUAUGGGUUUGGCUUGCCAAGUUCAGUUGUUUUGUGUUAUCGAUUGCAUUCACGACUCGCUAGUAUCGCGCGUCGAUGCCGUUGUAUCUGGAGCCAUCAACUUUUGUUCUGCUUUAUAUGCCGGUGUAGGACUGUUUGGUUACGUAGCCUUCUUCUCACGUAAUCUACACGGCGACGUGUUGAUUGAAUUGGAGUCGUCAUUCUUCACCCAACUGUUAAAAUUGGCCUUUUUAUUAUCUGUUGCGGUUUCAAUACCUCUGAUGAUGUUCCCUGCUAGAAGCGCCUUGUUCAACCUACUACUGCGACCGAGUAACUGCGAACUACCAGUGUCACAUGCUAUGCAAUAUUCAACGUUCCAUGUGCUUACAUUUGUGAUUUUACUGUUCAACAUGAUCAUUGCAUUGCUAAUUCCUAACGUUGAAUUCAUCCUUGGAUUAACUGGUGCAUCGAUUGGCUCUCUCGUCAGCAUAGUCAUCCCUUCCAUUCUCUACCUUGCUGUCGCUAAGAAUAAGACACAUUAUACCGUCUUUUACGCUAAGGUAUGUCUAAUUGCGGGAUUAUUUAUAUGGUGUGCUAGCACCUGGGCAACUUUACACGUGGACAGGACGGUGCAUGUUGCCGAGAAGCCCAUGCCCAAAGAUGGUCCAAUCGACAAACCAGCGAUACAGUCCUUACAAAAACUUGAGGCGGAGGUAUUGGAUGCGAAUCUCAACAUCUCAGCG